AUGGCAUACUACCAUACAACUCAUACAGCAAAGCUUAAUGAAGAAAUAGUGGAGAAACAAGAAUCAAGUGAGAAAAAUCUGUUUAAAACUGAAGAAAACCCUUUGAGUUGGUCUCAAACAAAACUGAAAGAUUCAAAGAAAAGAAGAGCCAAGAAAUCUUUCACCUGCACUCAGUGUGGAACGAGUUUGAUAAACAAAUAUGGUCUCAAUGUUCAUAUGAGAGUUCACACUGGAGAGAAACCGUUCACUUGCGAUCAGUGCGGGAAGAGUUUCACACAGUCAUCAAGCUGUAAGAGACACGUGAACAUCCACACUAGAGAGAAGCAGCAUGCAUGCGAUGAAUGCGGCAAAACAUUUUUGAAUGCUUCAUGCCUGAAGAAACACCUGACAGUUCACACAACAGAGAAACCACAUUCAUGUCAUUUGUGUGGUAAGAGUUUUUCAUGUCUACAAAGUUUGAAAGUACAUCAGAAAAUACAUACUGGUGUGAGAGAGUACAUGUGCUUUGAGUGUAAAAAGACUUUUAUUUCAGCUGAACAUUUAAAACAGCAUGAGAGGAUUCACACUGGAGAGAAACCUUACAGGUGUUCACACUGUGACAAGAGAUUCAAUCAUUCAGCAAAUCUGAAGAAACAUGAGAGGAUCCACACUGGAGAGAAACCAUAUGACUGCACUGACUGUGGGAAGUGUUUCAAUAAUUCAUCUGCUCUACACAGACAUACAAAAAGAUAUCACAUUAAGUAG